AUGGCCGCCGUUGCUCGGCUCUCACCUGUUGGCUCGUUAGCGAGAGCGACAGUGGAUGAGGUGUCAUGCUCGUCUGGAAGUCUCACAGUCAUGCUUAACAGAUCAGAUCCAGACAUUGCUCGGUGGAUGAACGAUCCAAAAUCGCAACCUGUGGUAUAUGUCUACGGUCACAAAACCCUUGUGCCUUGCGGAACAUCGCUGAAGAACGACAAAGGCCAACAGAACUACAAUCUAACGAUACCAUACGGAAAACAUUGCGAUGUUCACCUGGCUGACCUGGAACCAAACUACCGGACCGCUGAAACUACGAUAGCGCUCGAAGAUAAUGUGGACACAAGCAUAGCCAAAGUGAUCCGAAUCAAUCACGUGUUCUGCCUCUACACUCGAAGUGUACAGACGAUUAGAUACAGUGACGUUUCGACAGCACAUGAAGUUUUGGCAUCGACCGGUGGAAAGCCGAAACCAAAAGUUGAAAUGAUGUUCCGAAGCACUGAUGGACGACCACUAAGAACAGCUAAAUUCGGCGAUACUGUAGAAUUUUACGUUGCUCUGACACCAGAUAAAGCGUAUCACGGUAUCUCGCCGAAGGAGUGCAUGUUCAGCGAUCGUGAAGAUAUGCUUUCACCCGAUGCCCGGCAUCUCACAUUUGUCCAAAGCAGCUGUCCAGUACACGAGAUGUCAGAGAUUAUCGACCCGUUGGCUAAUGUCAAUGAGGAAGUCUACUUUUCAAAGUUCAAAACCUUUCGCUUUGGAAAUCAGAGCACUGUAUUCGCACAAUGCACGGUGCAGGUGUGCCUUGUUGGAUCGGAAUGCGUACAAAGUUGUUUCAAACGGAUUUCGAAUUCGAAUCUGACAGCGGAACGGCUUCGAUUUCGCCACCGGAGAGCAAUAACUCCGCCGUUCAGCAAAGACGAUGUGUAUGAUCAGGUUUCUGUGAGAGAAUCCCUUACAAUUCUGGAUGAUAUGGAAACAGAAGAAGUGUCAUCAAGGUCAACAGAGCAAUGCCUAGUGUCGACUUCACGGAUUCCAGUACCGCUGAUGCUAGCCAUGGUCAUGCUACUAAUAUUGUGCAUUGUAUCGUCUACUGUGGCAGUCUAUCUAGGAUACAGGCUUUUGCGGAAGAGAAAGGUAAUUUCCACUACUCUCGCCACCUAA